AUCAUGAGUGGGGCAACGUAUGAGGAAGCUGGAAUUUUUUAUGCGUCACUAGGGUCAGAAACGAGGUACCUAAAACGUUUGGAGUCCCUCGGGACCGGACAUUCGUUAAAGGAGACAUCGAGGGAAGAACAUCGAUAAAAAGUCAUGAAGUUUUUCCUCCUCUUUGGAUGCAUUGGAUGCAUUAUUGGGGUUGUAUUAGCACAAGCCGAUUUCGAUCCCUGUUUAGAGGGUAAUUAUCGACUUUUGGACGAACCAGAUCGUAGCACUGGUUAUGAUAGUACAGGAUUGUCCAAACGCUGCGACAGGACGCUGCAGAAAGGAUGGUACAUGUUCGUAAGUGGCGCAGGGUCGUAUGUCCCAGAGAGUUGCCCAAAAGAAAGCCAUUGUGGAACAACCAAUCCGAUAUGGAUGGACGGCCCUCAUCCGCCAAGAGAUGGCUUUAUAUAUCCGAGAACGGCGUAUGCAUCUGUAGCUGGUAUAUGUAACGCUGUUCCAAUUGACAUGGAGGUUAAAAUGUGUAAUGAGGGCCCUGUAUACCACCUUCAACCAACCAAGACAUGUGACAUGGCAUAUUGUGCUGGCUCUGAAGUGGAAUGCCCCGCUGGAACUGGGUCACCCACGGGAUUCACCCCUUGUGAUAAAGAUAUCCCUCCUCGACCAAAGAAGCCCUCGCUAACAAUGGACGUUGUUAACGACAAGAUAGAGUUCCGUUGUUACCUUGACGACAACACUCAAUCAAAUAAGAUUCAUCGCGUCGAAUGGUUCACCAACCGUCAGAAGAUCUAUUACCAGGACAUUCAGUAUGGCUAUGAGUAUGCAACGUUGACGGAAAACCAGCUUAGGUUCAAUGGUGAAACACCAAUGGGGAAAAUUUUGUACUGCAAAGUACGUGCGAGGUAUACACACAAGUCCAUAUAUGGCGCCAAAGCGAGCAGCCCAGGCUACUACAUGGGCAUCAAGAUCACUGGGAUAGAUGAAGAACGCAAGGAAGUUGACGUUUCUGAAGACGCCCAAACGCAGUACCUCGAAUUGACUUCAACCAUACCCAUCGUCUGUAACUCACUCUACUUUAGCAUGCUCUCUGAUAAAGAACAGAGAAAACAGUGCAAGGUGACAGUGACUGUGGAGAACAGUAACGAUGCGAAUGACAAUGGAAGAAACAAACUGAAAUGUCCAGACGGAAGGGUCAUUGAGCAGAUCAAAUUUGGUACAUGUGGCGCCACCUUUACUCCUGAUAAUUGGCAAAUCACGCAACGUAUCGCCAUCAAAGCCACGCGAGAUUUCAUGUACGAUGGUGUUAGAGUUAAAUUCAUUGACUUUAGUCCUAUUAAGUCUCUCGUACAGGAAAUAUGGAAUGGUUACCAACUCCCCUCUUUCCAAGUGAAAGCAGAAGAUUUUCAGGACAAGAAAGCGAUGUGUAAAUCUCAGAACGAUCCACAUAUGACUACAUUCGAUGGACACUACUACCACAACUUUUACGAAGGCGAAUUUGUUCUGUACCGUAACACAAAUCCAGACUUUCCGUUUGAAGUUCAUGCUUUCUACAAAAGAUGCAAUAAUUUUGCAACAUGUAACUGUGCAAUAGCUGCACGCGCAGGGGAUGACGUCAUCAUUGUUGAUAGAUGCAACACUAUAAAUGGGGUGUCUGUAUGGGGCACCAAUGAUGUCAAGGACUACAAUUAUCUCAGAACGAAAGUCGCUACCAACUGGGAUGAAAUCAUAACUCCGGGUUUCAAGAUAUUUCGGAAAAGUAAUGGAAAUACCUAUGAAAUUCAUUUUCCACAUGGUGCUUACGUGAGGAUUCAGCUCGCGCAUGGUAACAAGUACGGACAGUUUCUGAACGCCUACGUCUACCCGUCGCCCGAUGACAUCGACAAUACAAUAGGUCUUUGUGGCAUAUACAACAAGAACAAAACAGAUGAUCUGACUCUUAGGAAUGGUAGGGUGUACACCGGCAAAGGAUCGAACCAUGGUGGCCAACCGAAACCUUUCUCUGUUGAAUGGCGCGUGAGGGAAGACGAGAGUUUGUACAAUGGACGUGCGCCAAACCAACCACCUUAUCAACAAUAUGAAUACUGCGACUGUAUCAAGAUCAAGGGCGCCGCCGAUCAGCUACAAUGUAACAUGAACAGUGACGUAGAAAGAUGUCAGAUUGUUGGAACAGAUAUCACAUCUCAAAAACUCACUGAACAUCUAUUCAAGAAGACGCAACCAAGUGAUAAGGAUGACGACGAUGACGCUGCGUUCACAUUUGAUGAAGAUUUCGAAGGCGAUAUGCCCGAAUGGCCGACACCGGGUGGAUGGACAGAGGAAGAAGCCCGUAAAUUCUGCGAAGACUUCCUACUUCAGUCAUCAGCCUUCCAACAAUGUGUCAACGCUAACGUUACUGAUGAUCUCGAAGAACAGGACGAUAUCGACACCUGCAUGACAGAUAUACUUCUUGCGGACAACACUGAUUGGGCGAAUGCUGCAUUGGAAGGCUUCAAAGAAAAGUGUGAGAACGAAGCUAAAAAAGCUGCGGACACUUUCAUUGACAAUAGACCUGCAGUAGAGCUUUGUUUGAAUGACUGUAGUGGCAAAGGAAAAUGCGAACAAGGUGAAUGUGAUUGCAACAAUGGCUGGACUGGAGCGGACUGUUCCCAGGACGCCAAUCUGCCACCGACCGCACUGUUUAUACCUCGAGAGGGCAAAUGUGAUAUUCGUUCCAGGCCGUGUAAAGAUGUCGUCAUCUACGGUGAUGGUUUCUUGCAGAAAUCAAAUCUGAAAUGCCGUAUACAGAGAGUUAAGAUAGAAGAUGGGUCAUUUGAAGCAGUUGGAUCUCCCUUGACAGUACAGGCAGACUUUGAAUCAUUCGCUGAAGUGUCCUGCCCAUUUGAGACCGCCAGGAGGAAGAAAAGGAGCUCCGAUAAUUCUACAGACUCAGCUUCCGAAGGUUACACGCUUUCUGUGAGCAACGAUGGCUCCACCUUCAGCAAUCCCAUGCUCUAUGUGAGAUACGAUGGCCGAUGCCAGAACUGUACUGCAAACGGUGCAUGCUACAUGCAGCCUGGGUCGUGCAUGAUCCAAGGUUACUGUUUUGCUACGAAUGAUAUGAACCCAGACAACGAAUGCCAGAUAUGUGACCCGUCCAAUACUGAUUCAUCAUGGUCACGAUCACCGACUUGCCCUCAAGCGCAGACAGACAGCUUACCGAGCUGGGCAGGACCAAUCAUGGGGGCUAUGGCCGUCCUCGUCAUAGUUCUUGGAGUAGGUGCGGCGUUUUUGUACAUCAAGAUCAACAAAAAGAAAUCGAAGGUUGAUACCUUUAAGGACCAGGAAUAGACAUUCUCCCGUUUGAAUCAGUAGUACGGCACAUGGUGUUUUGUAUUUCUCGUGCCGUCCUACUGUCCAAAAAACAGGCAACAUAGAUCUCAUAGGCUAGAGGACAAAAGGUGUGAUGACAGUUCAUGGUAUAGAAAAAACGUUGUGUAAACAAGAUAAUCCCAAAACCUUUUCAAUCAAAUACUUCUUUCACAUAUGGAGAGUGCUGAAACGUAAAAUAUGUUUUUAGAAUAAUCACUGCCUUUUGCAACUUAAUGAAGUGCACUAUAUUACGUUACGUGUAUCAUGUUCAGAUGUAAAAUAAGUUGUCAAGCUAGAGGCCUUAAACAA